AUGUCGACUUCGGGCGAGGAUCAACCCCGUCCGCGUCAUAUAUCUCAAUUCAAAUUCGAGCUAUUGCGCCCCCCUUCUCACUUUCAUCACUCUCCUUUUCCUGAUAUUCCCUUGAGUCAAAGAUAUGAAGCCAACAAUUUCAAGUCUCACACAAGUAAUAACGAAGUUGCUCGUUCGAGCAAAACAGUUAGUCUUUCUCCUCCACUUCAAACCGAGCCUAGCAUAAGAGGGAAGCAUCAUGGUAAACCAAAAGUUUCAAGAAAUGCAAAACUUGGAACUCACAGAUCAAAUACCGAAUCUCCUAACGUGACUGCAGUUAACAACUGUCGUUAUGACAGUUCCUUAGGAUUGUUAACCAAGAAAUUUGUCAGCUUGAUCAAGAAUGCUAAGGAUGGUACCCUGGAUCUAAAUAAAACCGCUGAGAUCUUGGAGGUUCAAAAAAGGAGAAUUUAUGACAUUACAAAUGUUCUUGAAGGAGUAGGAUUGAUAGAGAAAACUUCAAAGAAUCAUAUACGGUGGAAGGGAUGUGAUGGAGUCGGGCCACGAGAACUAGAUGAUCAAGUUAAUAAUCUAAAGGCUGAAGUUGAAAGUCUAUAUGCUGAGGAAUGCGAACUUGAGGAUUGUAUAAGGAAAAAGCAGGAGCUUCUAAGAAACCUGGGGGAAAGAGAAAACUCUCGGAAGUACCUUUUUUUGACCAAGGAAGAGAUUCUUAGCCUUCCAUGCUUCCAGAAUCAGCAACUUAUUGCAAUCAAGGCUCCAAAAGCUAGUUUCAUUGAGGUCCCUGAUCCUGACGAGGAAUUAGGUUUCCAGCAAAGGCAGUAUAAAAUGACUGUUAGAAGUGCCACUGGACCAAUAUCUUUGUACCUCUUGAGGUACCUCUCUUCUGUAACAAUGCAGCCAAAACACGACCGCAAAUUUGAGGAUGAUAGUGUCAAGCGGGUGAAAUUCAUAGAUCCAUCAUGGAAUAGUGACCACUGCAGAAUGGGGGGUGUGGGAUUAUUAGGAAGCUCAGAUGACCAGAAAAAUCCUUCUGAGAGUUUAAGUUCGCUCAACUCAGAGAUACAUGAUGACUAUUGGUUUCAUUCAGAUCCUGAAGUGAGCCUAACAAAAUUGUGGGAAAAUGAGCAGUUGGUUCAGGUAGAUGAGCUUCCAGACGAUUAAUCCAAUAGGGGUGUGGCAUUGGCUAAAAAAUAAGCAUCACUGACAGAUGUGUUCAAUAAGUACGUGAGAUUGGCUGCUAAUUGUGCAGAUG